AUGGAUGAGAAUCCUGUGGCUAAUACGGCUCGAAUCAACGAAGUUUGCGAGAAAGCCAUGCUCAAAGAUUUCACGCCGGAAGAAUGGAAAACAUUCUUUUGGCUCAAGGGAUUGGACGCACCUGGAGACACACAAGUCCGUGCACAUUUUAUCAACUUAACCGGUCCAUUCCUUGACCGUGUUGAAAUCGGGCAGAUUGGACUCGCACUGGUCUUGCUCAACUCGGGGCUUGCAGCUUGA